CUACACGCUGCGUAUUGUUCGAAAUGGAGUCCGAGCUCAAGUUUCCAAUCCUGAAGUGAAAGUGAAGGGAGACGACCCGGUUAUAAACCAGCUCAUCGACAAACUCAAACACAUCAAUCAGUUGUUGCAGGGAAAGUCCAUCCCUAAACUGGGAUCACUGGACCAGAUUGAAACAGGAAGUGGAGAUGCAGAAGGACGUUACAGUGGCGACUGUGAUGAUGAAGAUGGUUGUGGGGGUUCCGGUGGUGGCGAGGUGAAAAGGAAAAUCGUCUCCAACAUGAGUCCAGAUGUGACCGGUGAUUACAGACAUCAUCAUUAUCAUCAUCCACCUGCCGAGGAUUCAGAAAUAGAAGGCAGCUCUGGCAACCUCAGACUAACCGGAGCCAUCUGGGUCCUGGUGUUGGCUUGUUUACAUAUGAUCCUGGCCCUGUAACAGCUGUCUUUUAGCAGCGUUAAAUUUUGAUUUUUGAUUUUAAGUUUAUUCAUCCAGAAAUGAAAGAGACUGUGAGAGUAACUGGCUGCGAAACAUGAAAGACUUCCGCUUCCACUCUGUAUGAAACAUGGUGGGAAAGCUGACAAAUGUGUGGAAAGACUGUCGAUUCUACAUGUAAAAGAGUGUUCUGAUGGCUUUGAAAGUAUUUGUUGUUUUUAUAACAAAAAUGACAUUCAUUAACAUUAAUGAGUUAUUUAUGAUGGCAAACAUGAAAAAUAAUAAUGUAAAUGUUUAAUAGAUUAAGUUUCUGUACAUUCAGCAAAUGUAAAUAAGUGAGCUCUGUAAUGUACAGAACAGAACGUGUUUAUUUUAAAGGGAAUCCGCUUUUUUGCAGUUAUUUGUCAAUUGUCUUCAUAAUAAUUUUGUUUUCUUUUGCAUAAACCAACAGAUUUCUUAUGAAAAUGCAUGAGGCUGUACAUAAAAGAAUAACUACUCCACGAGCUUUAUAAAAUAUACAAAAAAAUCCAAAAAAUGAAGACAGCUCCUUUUAUAAAACUGUAACACAUGCCUCUCUGUCCAGAGUGCAUUUAAUUGGUAUGUUUCAAUUGUGAAACUGCGAGGGAGAAGUUCUCCAAAGAGAGAGGUGGACAGGCAGAGAUGGGGGGCGAGUGAGAGAAUCCAUACCCCGUUUUUAGAAAUAGAUUAGUUUCCUCAGGAGUCUAUUAUCAUCUUUCAAACUCAAUCCAGCUCUUCUUCACAGGCCCUGAUGGAGGAUGAUAGCUCCAGGAGCUGCUGGUGAGGAAGAUUUCGAUUGCUUCAAGUUGCUACCGGACUGCAUAAUGCUGGUGUGUGCUUCUAGCAGAUAAAUGUAAAAUGACUUGUUUCACAAACACCAAGCAUGUUUGGUCAUUGGCUGUGAGAGAAAAGCACCAAAUGGUUGUGAAAGCUGGUUUAUAAUAGAAAAGUGUACAGUUCAAAAGCAUUUGGGCUCCUUCACUUUUCAACUUUUUUAUUUAUAAUGUUGCUUUAAAAAAACAUUUGAUGAUUUUUUGUGGAAGUAUGAAACAAGUAAGUCCUUAUAUUUUAUGAAUUCAUCAAAAGAAAUGUUCGUUUUAGCUCGAGUGCCUCCAAUGCUUCUUGGUCAUGUUUAAUAUUCAUCUACAACGGCGUUCUGGAGGACUAUCAUAGUUCAUGUUUUUUGUUGUUUCCUUGCUUUAGCACACCUGAUUCAGUUGUUAAAUCAGCUCUAUGGCAGGUCCUCAAGUUCUGCAGAAAGUCUCAUUCAGACCGAGCGUGGAACGGACGUGUACCAGAAUUCGUGCAGCUUCAGAACGGAAGGCCAUUUACACCGACUGCAGACUGUGUACAGAACGUCUUCGGAAAGUCGUUUGAAAGUUUGCGCUAUGAUAACUACAUGUGUGGAGAGGAGCUGGUAAACAAAAGCCACACUUGUCUUUUCAUACAAUCACACAUCGUGAAACUGAUAUCCCUGUCAUUAAUAACAACAAAAGAAGCCGACAGAAUGAUGAGCACGAGUUUUAUUUUUGAAUUGAAGCGGCUGCACCUCGCUGCCACAUGUCUCACUUCCUAUCUGGCUCAUGCAAUUCCUCAAGUCUGCAACUUCAGAAUGAGCUUCAUGCGGCGUCUGGAAAUAAAGAAACCAUGCAGAAAGAUUUUGCCGUUCCGCAUCUAGAUUCUCACCGCCGCUGGUGUAAAUGCUCUGAUUAGGGUAAACGAUUCAGUCUUUAUUGCUGCACGGAUUCUGAUCAACAUUCGUUCCAGACUCGGUGUAAAUGAGGCUUGAACCUGCUAACGACACACUGAGAAAGGAAAACAACAAAGCAUUCAGGGCAGUGGUCCCCGAGCUGUGAUCAAGCCUUACGUCUUUAUGUAUCCUCUUUUUGGUUUUUCCACAAAUGCAAUGCUACUUUAUUUAAACAUUUGCCCAAGCUGGUGUGAGUGGACUUCUGCUGGUAAAUCUGGCCCUUUUAGCAUCUGUUGGUGCUUAAACAUGCCAGUGGAACAGUUGUCAACUUUUCGGGACAACUGAAAUAAGCUUUUCAAAAACCCAAUCCAGAAGACUCAGAACUGAGACAUCUAGAGUGCUGAGCAUGAGUGAAAUAGAGAGCAAAGUAGAUGAAUUGUUGAUGUUUUCUUUUUCUCUUGCUUGUGAUGAGAUGUAAGAUCAAUCAGCAAACUGGGUGUUCUGAUGAGGCCACAGCAGAAAUCACCAAAACAUGGCUGCUGCUGAAAUAUAUUCUGGUUUCUGAUGGGCUUCACCCUAACGACAGAGGGAAGUGGUUUUAAUAAAGACUGUAAUGAUGGACUCUCUGCUGCACUUUGUACAAUAAACUAUUGGUUCUGUCCAUGUUGUCUGAGGAGCGUCAUGCGUGUGAUGAUAAAUGAAGUUGUUGAUGGGCUAUAAAUACAACAUACUUUUCCAAAUUUUUUUUAAAUGUGCAAAAAACAGUUUUUUAUUGUUUCAUUAAAGUAUCUAUUUUUUUCUUCAA